AAAUGACUAUUUGAGCUUUCCCUAUUUGGGGUAGUGUCUCGGCACUUCGGCCAUCCAUAAUAUCGGAAAAACUUUACGCCGUAAACUCGUCGCUUUACUGCGAGAAGAGCAACCGACUCUUCGAGGUUCCUAGAUUCAGCAUAUACGCUGGAUCCCUAUGUAUUUCGCUCGGUUACAAGAUAUAUACUUGCGCAAUAUCUAUUUGGUUUGGCUGUCUCUUUCAGAUUCGCUAUUUGUGACAUUUCAGCCCGGCCUUUCGAGCACCGAUUGAUAGGCACGCGCGCGGUGAAAAUUCAAGGCAUCAAGAAUAGUUUGGGAUUCGUUUUUGAUCAGUCAUCAUGGGUGUUCCGGCGCUUUUCCGAUGGCUUUCCAACAAAUAUCCGAAGAUCAUUUCUUCCGUGAUUGAGGAACUGCCAUAUGAAGUCGACGGUGAAGAAAUUCCUGUCGAUACGACCAAGCCAAACCCGAACGGAGAAGAGAUAGACAACCUCUAUCUAGACAUGAAUGGUAUUGUCCAUCCAUGUACGCACCCAGAGGGUCGACCACCCCCGGAAAAUGAGCAGGAAAUGAUGUUAGAAAUUUUCAAAUACACUGAUCGGGUUAUGAAUAUGGUCCGUCCGAGGAAGCUGUUGAUGAUUGCAGUCGAUGGCGUUGCGCCUCGUGCAAAGAUGAACCAGCAGCGUGCUCGGCGAUUCCGUUCGGCCCAGGAAGCCAGGGAAAAUGAUCAAAAGAAAGAGGAAUUUCAAAAGUUGCUGGAUCGACAAAAUGCCGCAAAGGGUAUCAAAAAGGAUGAGGAUAUAGAAGAGCAGGUGAUCAAAAAGACAUGGGACAGCAACGUCAUCACACCCGGCACACCAUUCAUGGAUAUCCUUGCUGCUUCCCUCAGAUAUUGGAUAGCUUAUAAAUUAAAUACUGAUCCGGCAUGGGAAAAGCUCAAAAUCAUUAUCAGUGAUGCUACGGUACCCGGAGAGGGCGAGCACAAAAUCAUGAACUUCAUUCGUUCUCAGCGCCAAGAUCCAAACCACGAUCCCAAUACAAGACAUGUCCUUUACGGGCUGGAUGCAGAUUUGAUCAUGUUGGGCCUAGCAACCCACGAGCCGCAUUUUCGAGUAUUGCGAGAGGACGUGUUUUUUCAAGAAUCGAAGCCAAGAACUUGCCGUCUCUGUGGUCAAACAGGUCAUAAAGCCGAGGAAUGUCGAGGCGAGGCCAAAGAAAAGAGUGGCGAAUUUGAUGAAAAACAUAAAGCAGUAACAAGGAAACCAUUCAUCUGGUUAAGUGUCUCUAUUCUUCGAGAAUACCUCGCUGCAGAGCUCCAUGUUCCACAACAACGAUUCCCUUUUGAUCUCGAACGUGCUCUUGACGACUGGGUUUUUAUGUGCUUUUUUGUUGGCAAUGAUUUCUUACCCCACCUUCCUUCUUUAGAUAUAAGAGAGAAUGCAAUCGAUACAUUGAUAUCUCUCUGGCGCGAGAAUAUCCCACUCAUGGAUGGAUAUGUGACCCGGGAUGGAAUAGUCAAUUUCAAGCACGCACAGCUGAUUUUGACCGGCUUAGGGAAGCAAGAAAAAUCGAUAUUUCAGAGAAGGAGACAAGCGGAAGAGAGAAAAGCUGCCAACGAAAAGCGCAGAAGGGAAGAAGACGAAAUGCGCAAAGAUCAAUCUCGAAAACGCCGCCGGGAUUCACCAACCUAUGACAAUUCUGAGACCCAAUCCACUCCACCCAGCAAGUCUCGUAAACAAGGGGAUGGUUUUAUCGCCUCAACAAAUAUUGAUUUGAUUACCCCGAGCCGGGGGCAUUUAUCCAAAGAGGCAAGAGAAUUGACGCAUAGUCUGGUUGCCAGCCGAGGUGCCGUGUACAAAGCUAAUAUUGCAAACAAAAGUGCUGCUGCUGCCCUUAAAAGCCAACUUAUGAAAGGUAAAAUAGAAAAUUCUGAUGCACUUGAACCCUCAAAUGGCACUUCAGCUGAAGAAGAAACUGCUGCUGAGGAUUCAGAACGAAUAUCACCGUCAGUCUUGGGCAAAGGAAAGGCAGAGGAACCAAAGGAAGAUGAUGCAGACACUGGAACUCCGGGUAGAGAUUCACCGGUCGCAGCAACUUCAACAAAAGAGACCCCAGCGAAAGAUCCCAACGAACCUCCCCCUGAUACAGUCCGGCUUUGGGAAGAUGGCUAUACUGAGCGGUACUAUGAGCAGAAAUUUCAUGUCGAUCCCAGUGAUACCACCUUUCGGCAUAAGGUUGCAAGAGCCUAUGCCGAAGGGCUCCAGUGGGUUCUGUUGUACUACAUGCAAGGAUGUCCAUCCUGGACUUGGUAUUAUCCAUAUCACUAUGCUCCCUUUGCAGCUGAUUUUACUGAGCUCGACGGAAUGAAUGUACAUUUCGAAAAAGGGAAACCAUUUCGACCUUUUGAGCAAUUGAUGGGGGUUCUACCGGCUGCCUCUAACCAUGCUAUCCCUGAGGUUUUUCAUGACCUGAUGUCAGAUCCGAACAGUGAAAUCAUUGACUUCUACCCAGAAGAUUUCCCUGUCGAUCUGAACGGCAAAAAAUUCGCCUGGCAAGGUGUAAUUCUAUUACCAUUCAUAGAUGAAACUCGCCUUCUAGCAGCAAUGGAGAAGAAGUACCCGCUUUUAAGUGUCGAUGAAAACGCACGUAACACGAUAGGAAGAGAUGUGCUUCUCAUUGCUGAUCAACACCCCCUAUAUCAAGAGCUAGUUGGAAAUUUCUUUUCUAAAAAACAAGGUGCCUCGAAAUACAAACUAAACAUGCGCAGCAGUGGAGGUUUAGCUGGGGAAGUUGAGCGCGACGACAAUUACAUUCCUCAUAGUUCCCUCUAUGCUCCAUAUGACGUUAAUAUGCCUCCUAUCGACGAGGAUAGAUCUGUAAUGGUCCACUAUGAAAUUCCAAAGUCGGCUCACCUUCACAAGUCCAUGAUUCUUCGAGGAGUUCAAUUCCCUUCACCUGCUUUAGAUCAAGGGGAUAUAAACGCUGUGAAAUCAAAAUCUCGAUUUGGUGGCCGUGGAGGAGGCUAUCCGAGAAAUGGCAGCAGAGGAGGACAUAUGAAUCAUCAUAAUAAUGGUGGAAGACUUAACACCAAUGAACGACCCAAUCCAUUCGCUGCCCACUUAGAUCCGUCGUUCGUUCCACCUCCACUUGUUGGUGGUGCUGGAGGGUGGGCACCUCCUAUAGGAGGUCCUGCUAGCUACUCUCGCGGCCCUCCACCUCCUCCUCGCGGUGGCGGUGCGGACUUUUAUACUCCUCCUCAUGGUUACAACAAUCCGCACUCCUAUAAUCAAAGGGGGGGUUAUGCUUACCCGCCUCGAGAUCAGCCAGGUCACUAUAAUCAGCCUGGGCAGUACAGUCAACGUGACCACUAUGAGGGUCCACAAGGUGGAUACAGAGGUAAUGACCGUUCACGUGGAGGUUAUUCAGAGCAGAACCGCAACACCUAUCCUCGCGGUCGUUACUAGGUAUAUUAGUACAUUUUACAUUUCACUUCAUAUGGGCCUCGAGAUAUAGGAGCAGGUGGUGUUUGGGCUAAAGGUUUCAUUCCCUUCUAGGGUUGAAGCAUCUAUGGUUCAUUGUGGUUCUUAAAUGUGUUAUUUACCACUGUACAAAAGCUGCAUCUUUGAUACCGCGAAGUACGAUAUCCUCCAGUGUUCCUCGUCAUUGUAGCUCUUAUACCCCGGUAAUUAAGAUUUAGUUUCUAUUUCUCAGGUUUGAAGCAUACCAAGAAUAACUAGCACAGUAGUUGAUAGUAUGCUUUCAUGCUACGCACGGG